GCACUUCCUUUUUACUGUCUCCUUCAUCGGCCCUCUUGAAUCCAUCCAGCCAUGGAGGCAGUGACUGUGUAUCAUGGCAAAAUCAGCAGGGAGACUGGGGAGAAGCUACUGCUUGCCAGGGGACUUGAUGGCAGUUAUUUGUUGAGAGACAGCGAGAGUGUUCCAGGAGUAUACUGCUUGUGUGUGCUGUAUCAAGGUUAUAUUUAUACAUACAGAGUAUCCCAGACAGAAACAGGCUCUUGGAGUGCUGAGACAGCACCUGGGGUACAUAAAAGAUUUUUCCGGAAAAUAAAAAAUCUCAUUUCGGCAUUUCAAAAGCCAGAUCAAGGCAUUGUAAUACCUCUGCAGUAUCCAGUUGAGAAGUCCUCAGCACGAAGUACACAAGGUUCUACAGGGAGAAGAGAAUCUGAUGUCUGCUUGAAAACACCAUGAAGAAAAAUAGAACACUUUACUGUCAGUAAUUUAAAUAUAGGCUAAAUCUUGUGUGUUGUAGAUAAUAUAGUUCAGUGAGCCACAAAUGCAUUUCUAACUCUAUCAUAGUCCUAUGAUGGAAGCAUCUAGUCUGAUGUUUUAAGCUGAAAUGGACCUUGUAAAUAAUGAAGUGCUUUGAAAUAGGGUAGAAAAAAAUGAUUCCUCAGGUUAUUUUUAGUUAUUAUAUUUAAAAAAAAACGAGAGGAGUUAAAACCUACUGAAUACUUUAUAAAAGAUUAAUGUCAAUUCUUGCCAAAUAUCAAUAAAGCUAAUCCUCAGCUUUUGUCAAAAGGACCAUUUUUGAAAGGUGAGAUACUCUGCGAUAGUGAUUUUUGAAUGUCUCUGAUUGUAGGGUGGGAAAGGAGUUAUCAUGUGCAAUGUUGCACUAGCUAUGAUGUGAUAAACUGAGGUUUUGAAGCUGUAUGCUUAAACAAGUGCUAGAUAAAUAGAGAAGAAAUUCAGUUGAAAUAUGAAAGAAACUUGUGUAGAAUUCUAGUUUUGGACAUACAAUGUACAAACCAAUCUAGAGUUGAAAGUCCUUUAAUUUAUGAUGCUCUAAUGUUUGCUAUAUUUGAUACUACAGGUGGGUGGCCUGAUGAAGUGGACUUUUCUUCUUUACAUUUACCUAUGCCCCAGUUUCUAUUACCUAUAAAGUGUCAUUUGGAAGGGAAUCUUGAAGUUUAUCAUUACAUAAAUUAAUUUUAAAUUUUCUGACUAAUUGAAACUUAAAUGAGAGUCCGAAUUAUACGCGGCAUUUUCCCCCUGAUGUAUUUUCAUACUUUUUGAGUGAUUAUAUGCCAAGUUGCUUCAGGCCUUCCAGAAUUCAUUCACUCGUUCAACAGUGUAAUAGGUCACUGGGGAUAGAGAAGUAAAAGCACUUAUUUGCUGGUUUUAAGUAGUCCACCGUACACUUGGACAAACAACAACAAUAAAAAGUAACAAAAGGAAAGGACAAAAAUAACUAUAAAAGUUGAUAAGUACACAAGUGAGGUUUCC